AUGGGUAAGAAGAAGAACGGCGCCGGCAAGGCGGACAAGGCGGCGGCCAAGGCCCAGCGGCAGGAGGCCAAGAAGGCCAAGCAGAGCGCCAAGAGCGCCAAGAAGGACCGCAAGGCGCUGGGCACGGACGAGGAGGACAUCGAGCUCAUCCUGCAGGAGUUCCGACGCAAGGACGCCGAGCGCACGCAGGUGCUCGUGGAGCCGGCGCCGCAGCCCACGCCGCGCGCCAACUUCACGCUGUCGGCGCUGCCCGGCGGCGAGAUGCUGCUCUUCGGCGGCGAGUACUUCGACGGCGACGUCAACGAGUGCUACAACGACGUGUUCAAGUGGAACGUGGACGUGCGCCAGCCCGCGGACGCCACCGAGGUGGAGCAGCUCGUCAAGGACGCGCCCAGCGACGCCGAGGCGCUGCGCGACGCCGCGUGGAAGUCCAUCAGCUCGCCCAACACGCCGCCGCCCAGAUGUAGCCAUCAGUCGGCCGUCUACAGAGACCACCUCUACGUGUUCGGCGGCGAGUUCGCCACGGCCGACCAGUUCCACCACUACCGGGACCUGUGGCGCCUGGACCUGAAGACCAACGCCUGGGAGGAGCUGGAGGUCAAGGGAGGGCCGUCGCCCAGAAGUGGACACCGCAUGGUGGUCUGGAGGAACUACCUCGUGGUCUUCGGAGGCUUCUACGAGGCCGCGCGCGAGACCAAGUGGUUCAACGACCUGUACCUGUUCAACCUGGCCGAGCUCAAGUGGCAGAAGGUCGCGUACCCGCCCCACCGACAGGUGCCGGCCGAGCGCAGCGGCUGCCAAUUGGCGGUGCACCCGUCCAAGGACCUCGUGUUCGUGUAUGGAGGCUACGCCAAGGUCAAGAACGUGGGCGAGAAGUCCGAGGGCAAGGUCUACUCGGACUUGUGGGCGCUCAACCUGGCGCCCGUGCUCAAACGUCAGUCUCCGACGUGGGAGAAGCUCUCGCGCAAGGGUCAGGCCCCGAGUCCGCGUGGUGGCGCCGCUGUGACAGUGCACAAGCAGCGCUUCAUUCUGUUCGGAGGCGUGUUCGACGAGGAGAAGCGUCGCCACAUGAUGCAGUCGACGUUCUACAACGACCUGUUCGUGUAUGACAUGGAUCGUCGUCGCUGGUUCGAGUUCAAGCUGCGCGGCAAGAAAUCGACGGAUGGCAAGCGCCGACGAAAGAAAAAGAACAAAACGCUGGAGGAUGGAGCUGCGGGCGAGAGUGACGAUGAGGAGGACGAAGUGGAAGACUUCGAUGCAAUGCUGGAGAAGCAGUUCGGAUACGUCGAUGACGAGGGAAACAUCGUUUACAUUGAGGAUGCUCAUGAGGAAGAAGAGACCAAGGAAGGCGAAGAGGUGGAGCUGGAGCUGGAAGAGGAGGAGGAAUCGAAGGAGGAGGAGAAGGAGGAAGAGAAGCCUGCCGUCGUUGCUGUCGAGGAGAAGAAGGUCAAGGAUCCGGAGGAGGAAGAACCCGCAGCCCCAGCUCCGUGCCCGCGUAUUAAUCCGGCCGUGAUGAUCCGUGGUAGCACGCUCUACGUGUACGGCGGUGUUGUGGAAGAUGGUGACCGCGAAAUUACGCUGGAUGACUGCUGGUCGUUGGAUCUCAAGCGUCUCGAGGAGUGGAAGCAGGUGCUGCCUGGUACGAUGUCGCAGCAGAUUUGGAAGGGUGAGGUGAGUGAGACGGAGGAGUCUUCAACCGGUGAGGAUGAUGAUGACGACGACGACUUCGAUGAAGACGACGAGGAUGAGGAUGAUGAAGACGACGUGGGUCGUAUCAAGGCGCGUGAGGAGAAGGCCAAGGCUAAGGCGAUGGAACGUGCCAUGGAGAUGCUGGCGAAGAAGGACGGCGAUGCCGAAGACGAGGACGCUGAAGUUGCAGCCAAGAAGGAGAAAAAGGACAAGAAGAAGAAGGCGAAGAGCAAGAAGGACAGCCACCGCCGUGCGAUUCGCGCUGAGAUGGAGAAGCUUCAAGAGCAACUCGGUCUGGGAGACGUCGACCGCACACCGCAAAUGGGCGAGAACUUGCGCGAUUUCUUUACGCGCACGGACGCGACUUGGGCCAGGGAGGUCAUGCAGCGCCCAAGCACCAUCGAGCACGAGCUCAGCGUCAAGGAGAUCAAGCGUGAGGGCUUCCUGCUCGCUGAAGCACGUUACCAGGAGCUGGUGCCAGGUGUGAAUUUUGUGGUUUCCUUGCUUGCUGCUGUGUGCUAA